UCAAGUAGCUUUUAACCAAAUAUUUCUAAAGUAUUUGGUUAUUUUGGUGAGGUCGGACCCGACGCAAGAGAGAAAAUGCCAGUGAGAGUGGUGGAGAACUCUGCACCUUCCCAGGUUUCAGGUGCAAAUCUUGGACACACUUCACCCCCGGCUUGUACUCUUUUGAGUGUUGGACAGGCCUUUUCUGGUACUCAGAAUGUCUCUAGUGUACAAAAGGACGAAGCAUGGAGAGUUAACGUCCGUAUCCAAGGUUGUGACCUUGAUCAUGGUUAUCUAUGUGGCACUAUGGAAGCCCUUAAUGUUCCAAUGGCAGACACACCAGUUGUAACUUUUUGGGAAGGAGAGAUUGUUGAUGCCAAGAAUUACACUUUCUUCACAGGCAAAUGGGAAGCAUCGCCAGAGGAUGACAUAAGGCACUGGACUAAGUUUCCAUCUUUUUCACCCCUUGUGGGCCAAGUGGAGGCUGAUGGAGGCAAAUCUUUGGACCUGAGUAACUAUCAGUAUAUAUUUAUGAGAUGGAAAGAGCAAUACUUUGUUAAUGUUGGAACAGAUUGUGGGUUAACUAUUGCUGGCUUUUACUAUGUUUGCUUCUCUUGUAAUGAUGGCUCCAUUAAUGGUUUUUAUUAUGAUCCUAAUAGUAGCCCAUUUCAGAAGCUUGAGCUGAAAUCCACCAAUGAAGGUAGAUCAGGUUUCAGUUUUUCAUCUUACGAGUUGCAAUGAAGUGCAGGCGGUUAUUUCCAAGAUUAGCAUUUGCAUCUGGUUUGUGCAUUGUUGCCGGCAAAUGAGUUGACAAGAUGUGCAUCUACUUUUGUUUGUGAAAAUUAUGCAGUCUUGUGUCAUGACAAUGGAGAGUGAGAAUUUAGCAUGUGAAUGUUUAACCAAAAUUCUGAGAUGAUGAGCCUUGUUCUGGCGAGAUUCUAUUUGCUAAUCAGUAAUUUUUACCUUAAUCUCAUUAUG